AUGUUUUGUGAAACACGAUCUGAAAGGACUGUUGAAGUAUAUAAUAAGUUCAGAAAACUCAAUGCUAAAAAAGAUGCAGAACCCUCUGCAUCUGUCGUUCCUAAGAAUGCAUUGAGUGUUGCAAAAGAACGUCAAGGCACUUGUUGUAUAUGCAAUGAUAUUAAUCUCACUUUGGUUAACCUUUCAAAAAAAUGUACGCAUGAAGCAGGUUGUUGUGUUCCAUGUCAUUCACAAACUAUUUCUAAUGGUAUAACUGGAAAAGGUAUUCAUCGUUUCGAAUGUCCUAUGCCGACAUGUAACGUGGAAUUCGAACCUUCGGAAUACUAUCAUUUACUUGAUACUCGAUUAACUGAUUUAGUUGAUAAGCUUUUAUUAAAUAAAUAUCUUGAAUCAAGUGAAGAAUUUCGUUGGUGUAAAUCCACUAAAGGUUGUGGAGCCGGACAACUUGUCGAGAACUAUAGAGAUUUGCUUGGAUAUUACACAUGUCAUGCAUGUGAUCAACAAUUAUGUUUUCGACAUUCAUUUGAAUGGCAUAAAGGUUAUACAUGCGAUGAAUUCGAUCAAGAACGCGCUCAAAAUCCUGAUUUAGCAUCAGAUGCAACUGUUCUCGCCUUUACAAAACAAUGUCCAAAUCAAGCAUGUCGUACACCAAUUAUGAAAUUCGAAGGAUGUGAUGUUAUGGCAUGUUGUCGAUAUGGAACACAUGCUUGUAGUGAUUCAAAAGGUAAAUGUGACCAUGGUGGAAAAAAUUAUUGUGGGCAACGAUUUUGUUGGAAGUGUUUGGGAAAAAUUGAUGUAGAUAAAAAAGCCGGCUCUUACGUGAGACAUUGUAAUCAAAAUUGUGAAUAUGCUACACUUAAUCAUUGA